AUGUCACUCUUUUUACACUCGGAAGGAGAUUUUGAAUACUUGGAGUUCCACAGUGCGAUUGUAUUUAUAAAAGACAAAUCUGUUUUGUAUGCAUGCACUACGCCGGAUUCCUACCAAGUUUCAAAAUAUGAAAAAAAUAACGAAUCGAAAAUAUGGUACAAAUUAGAAGACUUACCGAGAACAUCAAAUGAUGAUACUGAGGCUAUUUUACAGCUAAAAUUGGAUAAACACGAUAAUAUAUUAUUUGGUACAACUAAUAAUGGAUUUGUUAUUUGGGAUUUUAAUGAAGAAAGAAAUUACGAAAAUGUAGUCAGUUUAAGUCUUCCAUAUGGUACAAGAAAUAUCACUACAAAAAUGUCACAAUCUAACUCGAUAACUUUGAGUGCACACAAAAAUUACGCCAUCGCAGGAGUAAGAAAGAAUCUAUAUGUUUGGAGUAUGGAAUCGAAAAAAUUGGUUAAGGUUUUGGAUGCACAUUUUGGACGUAUAAUCCAAUUAGAACCAUUGACCGUAGGCAACUGGAACAGCAUUGUUACAUCUUCUAUAGAUCGAACGGCAAAAGUAUGGAACAUAAAUAAUAUUUUCGAAACAGUCCAUGUGAUAGACAGGCAUGAACUACAAGUAGAUUCUAUAAGUUUAUCAGAUAACUUAAGUCUAGCUGUAACAGCUACCAGAAAUUGUGUAGGUGUUUGGGACCUUCGAGUAGGUAAACUAACCGCAAAAUUGGCUGACAGUCCUUUGGGUGCUAUAGUUACCCAUGCUAUCAUUACUCCUGAUGGAAAGUACAUAAUGUCUGCGGAGUCUGGAAAUAUUUUAAUAUGGCUUAGACUCACCCAACAAGUUAUCUUUAAAGAAGAACAACCUGGAAUCAGGCAGUUAACUCUUGUGGAUAAUGGUACAAAGAUUAUUUCAAUAUCAAAACCCAGCAAUCCUCCAGGAACAGAUUGUGUUCGAACUGUGGCUACAGUUUGUGUAAGGGAAAUACCGAAUGGUGAAAUGGUAUACAGUUUUGAAUAUGCUGUAAGAAGUAUUACAGGAGUUCCGUUUAGACCAGCUGUUGUUACUUCUGAUAAUCAACAUUUAGUAAUGUCAGGGGCUGAUAAAACAAACAGAGAUUGCAUUUUUGUAUACAAUGCACAGAAUGGUGCUUUUGUACAUAGGAUAGCACUAAAAAUGUGCGCGAUUAAGGAUGUAGCUGGACUGGUUGCUAUGCCUCAUAAAGGUCACUUAGUAGCUGUAAUGACAACAGACAAAGGAGCAAUAAUUGAUAUUAAGUCUAAAAAAUAUUUACGUACAGUUCCAAAAUGGGGUGGCAGUAUAACUAAAGAUGGAAAAUAUGGAUUGUAUGCUCCAUCAAGAGGAGGACUGGAACUGAUAGAGUUGAAGAAAGGUCAAACAUUUAGAACUUUCAUUCCCAAAGUUGCAGAGGGUGUGUUUUCUAUAAUUUGUCGAUUUAACAGUACUGAUGAGUAUGUGCUCUAUUAUCAUAGUGGGAGAAAGACAUUACGAGUGUUUAGAACCUCUGAUGCUGAAAUUGUAGCAAAUUAUAGAGUUCAAGCCGAGCUUACAGCUGUUGAAAGUACUCCAGAUGGAAAAGCAUUGGUGCUAGGAACUGUUGAUGGAUGUGUGUCAGUUUUAGCUAUUGUUGAUACCAGUAAAGAUGAUAUGAAUCAAUAUUUAUCAGAAAUGCCCUCCAGAGAUGAAGAAUGGAAGAAAAAGGUAGAUAAAAUGAAAGCUCAAACAAGAUUUAAGGCUGUGGGAUCUAUAGCAAGACUAUCUACAACAUUUUCUAACGAAGCUAAUAAUAAUCAAAUUACUGAAAAUGAAACAGUUAAUGAUAAUUAA